AUGUCGCUGCCGUUUUGCCAUCGCUCAUUGUCGGCGGCCUCUCGUGCCACGCUGUCUUCAUUGCGGUCUACGUCCCUGGAGAGUCAGCGAUGCGAUAGGACAGUCUCCACAUACUCUAUCGCUGGAGCACCACGUUCGGUAGAUUACGGCGGCAAGCUGCGGGUGUGGACCGCUGAGAUGGAUGGCCGCAUUGUGGUUCGUGCAGCGCCUCGUGGGGAAAUUUUGUUUUAUGUCAGUGCGCGGCAAUCGGCAUUUUGCACCGUUUUGCAGAGGAUUUCAGAGGAAAAGAUGUGGGCAGCCUUUUCAGACGGGUUUAUUCGCUGCUACAACUCUGUGACUGGGAAGAUGGAGCGCGAGUUUGUGCAGCACGACGGCGCGGUCCACGCCCUUGCAAGCUCGGCCGUGAGCGACUAUGUGUAUAGUGGUGGGGAGGAUUGGAAGGUGUACCAGUGGUCGAAGUCGAAGUGCACGUACAUUAGGCUCUUUUCCGGGCAUGCCAACGGCGUGCGUUGUGUUCUUGUGGUUCCUGGUAUUGCCGGCGCGAGUUCCAUGUCUGCAGCCGACGAUGCAGCUGGGGGAGAGGACGAGGAUGAGACUCUCCCCAAUGCGGAUGGCGUAGGGCUCGAGGAUGAGUUCGUCCUUUCUGGUGGGGACGACAUGACCAUCAAGAUCUGGGACCCAAGGGCACCGCUGCAGAUUAAGACGGACGAGGCGUGCCUGGCGACGCUGCGUGGGCACAAUGGUUCAGUUCGCGCCAUGGAGGUGCACCCCCGAAGUGGUUAUUUGUGGUCUGGAGGUGAUGACUGCACCAUCCUCGUGUGGAGUUGGCGCAGGGAGGAGAUGCGGCGCUGCGUGGCGGUUUUACGUGGGCAGCACAGUGGUCCCAUUACGUCGAUUGUUCAUGUCUCCCCGCGCAUGUGGAGCAGCGGGAAGGAUGGUUUUGUUGUGGUGUGGAACACGCGGGAUCUGGUGCCGAUACAACGCAUUCAGCUUGCCCCGAACAACCUGAACUGUCCCAUUUUGACCAUGCGGCGGUUGUACCGUGCGACGCACUGGACGGUGUGGCUAGGCGGGGCGGAGGGCAUCAUUCAGGCCCUGCAGGUUACCGGAGACGAGCACGACGUGGACGGCAAGCUGCAGCAAUACGAGCAGUGGCGUUCCCUGGAGAAACGCAGGCUGGCACAGUUACAGGAGAAGAUCUUAGCUCAGAAGCAUCAGAUGAAUGCGCUGGUGGCGCACAACGAGGAACUAGAGGUGCAACUGCGAAAUUACCAGGAGAGAAAUAUUCUGCUACUGGAGGACACUGCGACCCGGCUCCGCGACAGCACUCUGGGCGGUGACUCUGUAUCGAACAAAAGGGCCGCACAGAUAAAGGUCCUGCGGGCAACUGUGGUGCAGUUGAAGGAAAAGGUGAGGAACAAUGAGGAGUUAAUUAUGCAGGCCACAAAGGCUGCUGGCCAGAAGGAUAAAAUUAUUCAGUCGCUUACGGGGCAGUUGUCACAAAAAGAUGCAGCGCUGCAAGUAUUAGAGAACAGGCUUAAGGAACUCACGUCGUGUCAGGAAUCGCCCCAACUCCUUAGCGAACCGAGUCCAAUGAAACAGGGGCAGGUGAUGCAAGGGGGCCGUCAUGCAGCCAUUGCAGCCAAACUGGGCUUUGAUGCAUAUAGCAGUGGGAUGGAGCAGCUGCGCGCCGGUGACAAACUUGAGGGAGACGACAUGCAGCAUCAACUACUUGAAAUUCAAAAGUACAAGACAUUGUGGGAAGAGAACGAGGGGGCACUUCGUCAGGCAAAUGAAAAAAUUGUAGAACUGCAGUCUAGUCUGGAGGUGGAGAAGAGGUAUGCCGACGAACUCCUGCAGGAACUUUCAGUGAGCUCAAGAGAGCACACCACACGCGUUUUGGAUACCACGCACGACGCAAAUCAUCCACCGCCGCAGACACCCACAACACAGCACUACUACAGGCGACUCCCCGGUAUCCACUGGCCAGACUUAUGCAAGACCUAUCCUGCGGACCUCCAGGAAACACUCUGGGCAGAGUCUAGUGAGGCGCUACGUCAAUCGGACGCCGUUAUAAGAGACAUCAGUUACACUGCAUCGAACGACUGUCUUGUUGUAGAUGCUGCAAUAGAACACGGAACAACACAAAGUAAAGAGAUACAAAACCUCAUCGAAACCCAUAAUUUUCCACGAGCCUACAAACUUCAAGCAAUACACGCCUCUUCCUUGCAUAAGUGCCCACAGGAAGAAUCCAUUAACACUCGAAAAGAAAAUGAGACUCUUGUCGCAGCCAAGCGGAAGGCAGAGGCAGAGCGCGACAACGUGCAGCAGCAGCUACGUGCAACCAAAGAGGAGCUAGAUUCUCUUCGGCAACGGGUUGAGACGCGACGCGCGCAGAUCUCCGGGCUGUCCCCGUCAAACAAGCCGAUGGCGGCGGGCUCUACAGGGCACGUGCAGUCCUCCCCGCAUAAGGCGGCGUCCCCUCUAUACACCGUGACUGCAGAAGAGUACGAAGCUGUUUCCACAGCCAAGCGGAAGGCAGAGGCAGAGCGCGACAACGUGCAGCAGCAGCUA